AUGUUGGACAGAUUGUUCAAGUCUGAUAUUCCAAGCAUUGUACUAAAAGGGGUGCCCUAUUUCUGCAACGUAUACGUUAUCGCUAAAGGUAAGAUCAUCUCCGAGCGGCUCGCCUCGACUCCAUUGCCGGCCUCCUCAGCUCCGCCUCCUCGAAGGAUGGCUUCUGUGCCCUAUCGUAGUAUCGACCAGACCGCCGGUUCCAUGUACGUCUCAGAAAUGAGAGAGGAGUUCUCAGUUCCAGAGACUGAGAUUUCAUGUAUAAGUGGGGAUAGGAUGAGCACUGAUAGCACUUUGUUUGAUUUUUACGACAACUUGGGAUCGACGCUAAGCCGGGCACCUUCUAAGAGCGUUGGGAUGGGCAUGGGCAUGAGAACGAGCACAAGCAUGAACAGCAACCAAUAUCGACGCUUUGCAGUUUCGUCGGCUUGUCAAUAUGUCGAUUUGGGCUCUGCAGAUGAACUGGCGCUCCACAAUCAUGAGACUUCCCGAACAUCACAUCCGCCAAGACCCUCUGAAGAAGUUGAGGAGAAGUUAAGAAAGCUACAAUUGCAGAUCAAACAGACCAUGGACAUGUACCAUGCAGCCUGCAAAGAAGCACUCACUGCAAAGCAACAGAAAACUGGUUACUCGGUCCUGGUUGAAUCGACGGUCCAGGUUGCUGAUAAGACGAGCAAGGUUGUUGUAACACCAUCAUUUGUCUAUUCAUCUGCUCCUGCCACUGACACAACUACAUAUUGUCGUUUCUCACCUCUGUCACCUCGAUCCGAACGGAAUACAGCUCCUCAUCCAUCCAAGUCCGGGAGGAAUGCAGCUUAUUUUGCACCUCGACCACUUAGGUCCGAGCGGAAUGCAUCUCCUCGUUCAUCUGGGUGA